UCACUUUCACGCGUAGCCAACAUGUCCUCUCUCACCGAACCUCCUCCCACAAAGAAGGAACAGCGUAAGGUGACAUUCGACCUUCCCCUAGCGUCGUCCGCGGAGGGGCAGGGCGAGCCCAACAAAGCAUCCAAACCGAAUAAGUCGAAAAAGCUCAGGUCGAAAGGCAAAUCAAAAUCCCUGAUUAAGGCCGGCUCUCCUAAAGCCAAGCUUGGUGCAUCCACGUAUCUUGCAAAUCUGCUGAACGAGGAAGCCGAGAGAGAGCAAGAGCGCAGACAGAAGGCAGGUCUGGAGCCUCUUGUAGCGAUUGUUAUUCCCAACGACUGGGUGUAUACACCGCGCAUAUACGCGAUUGAGGUCGACGAAGAGGUCGAAGAAGCACUGAUACAGUGGACGCGGAAGGUCUGCCGCAUCCCGGACGAAGAUAACCUGCAGAACAGCACCAUCUUCGGCUAUGCCCUCAAGGCCCUACGCCGUGCUACAGGGAUCCGGAGGCUCGAAGUCGAGUUCGCCGUGCGCGAAAACCCUGACAAAGACUCAGAGAGUGACGUGUUCCCUGUAUUCGCCAUCUUCUAUGCGUACAAGUAUUCAAGAAUGCACGAGCGAGCAACACAGAAGCAGGUCGACAAACUCAGCGAGCUCUUGCUGGGCCGGCAGCCGAGGUGGUUCGUCGAUUUCCAGUUAGACGGUCCUUGACCUGUGAGC